GACCCUUCCGUCUAGCACGGCGAUGUCGGAAGAGAAGUCUCGUGGCUUACUCACGGUAGAUUAAACUGACAAACGAAAAAGGUUACAAAAGCCCAACCAGACCACCGCCAUCGCCAAACAAGGAUUCCUAUUUUGUGAUUUUGCAAUAGAAUGGAUUCUUAUGCAGGUGAUCCAUAUGCCUCUAUUUGGCACCUCUGCAAAACCCCUUCCUUUCGACUCCCACAAUCGCCUCCACCACCUCGCCCUUCCGCCGCAGACCCUCGCCGCGUAGAAUACUGUCCCUUUGGCCCUGUUCCUCAACAUUUACUUUCCCACUAUCUCUGCUUUAACCCAACCCCACCCAAUAGCCCCAAUAACCAACAAGAGAGCUGUUCGUCUUCCCUUCAAGAUUCACAAACACCCCUCAAUUCCGUGCAAGAUUCUCAACUACCCGUUAGUGAACUUUACCUGGAGAAGAAUGAUCAAGCUACGACUCCUCCCUGUUGCAAAGCGUGUCAUGAAGAAGAUCCACUCCUAUUACAAGGCUAUAUAGACACUUCCAUACUCUGCGUUAAUUUUCAAGAUUCCCUGCCCCCAAUGCCCCGAGAAGACGAAAGGAAUUUGGGGGCUGGAGACCCAUAUGGUGAAAAUUCAAUUUUGUUGCUGGAAGAGCUCAAGGAACUAGCUUUGUGGGAUCAAGAUUCUGUUAUGGAUGAUGAUGAUAUUAGGUACAUGGUUUCUGUCAUGUCCAAGUUUAGGAAACAUGCAUUUGUUUCAGAGACAAUUAUGAAUUCUAGGUAUGAGUUGAUGUCUGAAUUGCUGGAGUCGAAGAAACUGGAUAAAGUUUCUGAGGCAAAAUCGGAUAUAUACUUUACUCGAAGUAUGUUGGCAAAUGCUAAUGCUGCUGCGUGUAUUUUUACUGAUUUGGAUGAUUAUAAUUCGACUAAGAAGAAGUCUAAUGAGAAACGAAAAGAAUCCCAAGUGGAAUGUGAGGCUAAUUUGGUUUCGAAAUUGACUGAUGAAAGUGCCAAUCAUAAAAUCAUUGAUCUAAUAGAGGAUAUGCUAUCACCGCAGGAAAGAACAAAUGCCAAACCCAAGGUUAAUGCACUGGGGAAUCAGAAUAUGAAAACAAUUGGUUGCUUUAGUCAUUGUCACUCAAAUUUUGAACGCUCUAAAUCAUUAUCUAAGACAAGGAAGAUAUUGCUAGUGGAUUCAGAUGAGCCUUUGUUGAAAAGGCCAAAACAUUCCUUAGGUGCUGAUUGUAGAAUAAGUGUGCUAUAAAACAGUUGCCGCUUCGUUUGCUCUACAUUUUGGUAGUACAUUCAGAGAAUCAGUUUAAAGGAUAUAGCGUUAUCAUGUUUGUCAUUUUGUUUGGGAGGUUUUCAGUUGGUGCUUUUGAAAAUCCUUUUUGUUCAACUGUGGGAAUGAUGGAGUUGUUAUUGGUCGUCGUUUGUUAAAUUUCCUAUAUCUCGAGAGUUUCUCUAUAGUCAGUUUAGCUGGGAAAUUUGCGACCUGGAAGCCAGAAAUAUAAGAAGGGCUAGAUUUGACAUCGGGAAGAGGAUGCGGUGGAGUAGAACAUUCCCAAUUUGAUUUCAUUAUGGUGUCUGGUAUGUUGAAAUUGAAAGAAUGGCAGCAGAAUAAAAGUCAUGACAUGACAAAGUAUACUCAUGAGGUUUAAUUGAGCUAUAUACUCAUCAAUCUUAAAUUUAAAAGUUAAAAUCAGUAUAGUAGCACUUCAUUAAAAUACACUUUUAAGCGUAACUGAGUCUAGUGGGUGCUAAUGUAUUUGCAUGCAUUUCUAUGAGUUGACCGUGACAUUUAUAAUGGUUAACAAAUGGAAUGUGUCUUGCAUGCUAAUUUUUAAUAUUGUUGCUAAUAACAUCAUAACUCGAACUUUUUUUGUUGUGGUUCACAUGUCUAGGGAUGUUCGUGGUGGGAAGGGUGAGAAUAUGGUUAGGAUGGGGUAGCAGCCCAAAUACUUCCUUAUGAAUAAUAACACUUUCUGCUUGUGCCAACAGAUACUUACACUUCUAGUUUGUUGACCACUAUAAAACUCGUAUUGUAAUUAUGUUGAUAUAGGCUCAUGGAAAGAUGAUAUUAUUCAAACCUGGAAGGAAGAUGACUUGUAUUCUUAUUUGGUUGGUGGAGGGGAACUCAUUGUUGCACGUUGCAUCUAUUUUCUGGAAAAAUAUUCUUUGUUGCACUGAUUUAUUUGCGGGGGUGAUGUCUAUGAGAUGCAGCAUGUUGGUGUCCAUUGCAGAAACGGAUGGCUAAUGAUUUCAGGAAUUGGAAAUAAUAAAAAGGGUUGAAAAGAAAAAUCAAUAAUGACAAUAGAUUAAUGUCUGAAGGUUAUACGCUUAAGCGGUUACUCUCUUGUUUUGAACAGUUGCAGAGGUGACCAUCAGCUCUGGGAUCUGUUCUUCUGUUUCAUACACAAGGGAUUCGAACCCCAACACCAUGGUUUGUAUCCUGGCAAUGAAAUUUGAAAUGGAACUAAUAUCUUUGUACUUGCUCAAGUUCUUCCUAAAUCCCGACCCCCAUGUGACUACAGGAGGGAAGGCUCCGAACCUGUCGUCGGGUGUCAACAAAUGACCAGUUAUGAUGUUGUCCAAAGCUCUUGUUACUUUGUAGACGUCAUUAUGUAUGAUAUGUACUUAGAGAAUUUUAUUUUAGUUUUUUGGAUCAGAUUUGUUUGUGAUAUGUUCAACUGUACUCAAUGGUUGUUAUACUAUGUGUACCAUCAGAGAUUUUAAUAUUUGAAUAAAAUCUUUUGAUUGUGAUAGGAUUCCAUUUCCUCCUA